CGAUGUCGUACUAUUCUGGUGAAUUUAUUCACCUUGAAAUUUGAAUUAUGAUUCAAUCUAAAAACGUUUAUUUUUUGUGGAACACCGUUUUUUUUUGAGCUGAUCAAGUUCUAAACUAUGAUAUUCUGUUUAGCAAUGAAGUAAUUGACUCCGUCUCAGAAAGAAGAGUACCCAAUUCGACAGGUUCGAAUAUGGCGCUGUCAAAUUUUGACGACAAAAUAUGUCCACGGUUUCUCGAUGGUUACAGCAAAGAAAUUUUGCCUUGGGAUCGCUUUAAUAGAUGGAUAACUUGCUUUUGUGUUGUCACAUUCGAUCUUGAGCUGGGACAAGCAAUGGAGAUGAUUUAUCCUCGUUUUGUGAGACUGACAGAAAAAGAGAAAACAAAUAUCUGUUAUUUGGCAUUUCCAGACUCCAAUUCAGGUUGUAUGGGAGACACACAGUUUCAUUUUCGAAUGAGGUCAGAGUCAACCAUUUGCAAGAGGAAUAACUGUUGUCGCUCAAAUGAAAAUGGAUUGCCAUUUGGCUAUAAGAGUGACCAAGGUCAUUACUAUGGUUUUGUCUUUUUUCGGCAAGUCAAAGACCCAACCAUACCAAGAGGUUAUUUCCAGAAGUCUUUGGUUCUUAUAUCUAGACUUCCAUAUGUCAAUUUUUUUACUGAAGUGGUAAAGGUUGCUGCACCUGGGUUUUUUGAUAUGCAAGAGCCAGCUCUCGAAGCUUGCUGUCAUGACAUAGACCAAUGGCCUUUUCCAAUUUCUGGUCAAACAUUUUUAUUACCUCUCAUGGGUUCUCUUAUUCAGCUGCAUUUACCAUCUCGCAAAGACAAACCGGGCACUGUGAUGUCACCGAGUAGUAGUGUCGAGCAAACAAUUGUGCCACUUACACCAGCACCAACUGUUAUCCCUUUGUUGAAAGAAGCGGACACUUACAGGUGUAUAUCCGCCGUUUUGAACCACGUUCACUUGUUGUGGGAACUCGUCUUACUGAAUGAGCCAAUCGUAGUUAUGGCUCCAUCACCUUCCAUGUGUUCUGAAGUUGUGCAGUCUUUAAUCACGUUAAUUCAUCCUCUUCAUUUUAACUCGGACUUCAGACCGUUUUUUACAAUCCAUGACAGCGAAUUUAAAGAGUAUACGACAAAAACACGCGCACCUCCUUCUGUCAUUCUUGGAGUAACCAAUCCGUUUUUUGCAAAGACGUUACAACAUUGGCCUCACAUCGUGAGAAUCGGAGCAAUGAAUAACUUAAUGUUGGGCAGUCGACCGUCACCUUUGGGAAAUGAUAAGAGGUCGUUUGAGGGCAAACCAGGCAUUUACACGCAGUAUAAGCCAUUUUUACAGAAAGACAAACCAUUUAUCAAGACAAUAAAGAAGGGAGGGCAAAAGAAGCGUCCUGCAGAAGUUCAGAAUGCCAUACUGAGAAGACAUAUGAGGGAACUUACACAGAGUUUUAUGAUCCCUCUUGAAAGAUAUGCUGCAAGUUUGAUGCCUCUGCAAAGAAGUAUUUCACCAUGGAAGCUUCCUCCCAAACUGAAAUGUUUCGACGCUGAGGAAUUUUUAAAGACGGUCGAGCAUUCUGGUCCACAGCUAACAACUGGUCUCAAGGGAAACUGGAAAGGCUUGUACAGGAGUUUUUUUAAAUCAGCAAACUUCGAAGGUUGGUUCAGAAACAGGCAGUAUGAAAUCCAACAGAAAUUACAACUUCUUCAUUUGGAAGCUCUGUCUGUUGCUGAUAUGACGUUGUGGACAUCAGGAAAAAACGAGGUUGAAAUUGUGGAUUUUAUACUUCAAACGCGAGAGAAAAUGAGCAGCGCAAAGCAAUUCGAAACACAAAUCACUGAAGAUGUUUGGAAGAAGUUGAAUUCUCAGAUUGAGAACGUUUUAGACACGUUGCCACAAGAUCUUCAACUGAUUCUUCGUCAGAGUUGAUUGUAAACAAUUCGAGGGAAAAAGAUGAUGGCGACAGAGAAAAGUCAGCCUAGAAAAUUUGACCAGAAAACGUGAACGCAUGCACCCUACUGUGAUGCACGAAUUUAUAUCUCCAAGAUGGACAGGAUGCUCCCCGUUUAAACAGUGAGUCCUUCUAUCAAGCCUUGGGGGCUUUUUCUGGAUUGAGUUGGGUUGUAAUGAUUGGGGAUAUUUAAAGAAAUAACUGCACAGGAAAAAAGUCGGUUGGACGAAAACGUGAAAGCCGGUUCCAUGUAUAAUAAUGAGAAAUCUAAACAGAGAAGUAGUUAGCGAAGUGUUUUAUGAUAUAGGCCAUAUAUGUUUAUACAUACUUCUCACGUGCCGAAUGCAUUAAAAACAAUGGUUAAUCAGUUAACAUGCGUCAUUAUCAAUAGACCAUUUCAGAUGUUGUGAUCAUGUGAUAGCUAACAAUUUGCAUACAAGCUGAAAAGGUCUAUUGUUGUAAUGCAUUUAGCACGUCAUAUCCACGACGUUUAAAACAGACCAUUUGGUUAACAGUUUUGUUUGCGUCUUAAUGUGCUCCAAGCAUGACUGCCCCUGAACUAAGUAUUAAUAAUGACAAUAAUGUUAACACGACUUUCAACUAAUCAUAUGUGUGUGUAUCAAGCUGGUUUUCCAUUUUAACCUAUCAUAAUAUUAUUGUAGAUUACUUAACAAUGAUACAUUUUAAUUGCUCUGGAGACAAUAGAUUCCAAA